GGGCCCGUGCCCGGCUGUCCCCCUCGGGCGCCCUCGGGAUGCGCGGGCGGCCGGGGCUGCGGCGGGCGCCUCCAGCUGAGCAGCAGCAGCAGCAGCGCCCCGGGCCGGCCGCGCCGUCGGGCGGCGACGCCAUGCUGCCCUGGAAGAGGCACAAGUUCGAGCUGCUGGCCGUGGACGACGAGCAGCUGACGCAGCAGCAGCACAAGAAGACGCAGCAGAAGCACCGGCGGCAUCCUCCGCCUCCGCCGCCGCCUCCUCCUCCGCCAAGCGCGCCGUCGGGGAAGGGCAAGGGCAGCUGCUGCGCGGCGGGCGCGGGGAGCCUGCCCUGCUCGGCGGCGCUGGGCUCCCUGGCUCGCGCGUGCCCGCCCGAGGGCGCCCUCAGCAGGAUGGGCAACCUGUUCCGCUGCAAGCGCAAGAAGUUUCGCGUGAGCAGCGAGGCGCCCACCUACACGGUGCUCUACCUGGGCAACGCCACCACGCUGCAGGCCAAGGGCGACGGCUGCACGGACGUGGCGGUGGGCAAGAUCUGGGCCAAGAGCGAGGCCGGGCGCCACGGCACCAAGAUGAAGCUGACCAUCGGGCCGCAGGGCAUCCGCAUGGCGCCCGCCGCGCCCUCCGAGGCGGCCUCUCGCCCGGGCCACCUCUACCUGCUGCACCGCGUCACCUACUGCGUGGCUGACCCGCGCCUGCCGCGCCUCUUCGCCUGGAUCUACCGACACGAGGUGAAGCACAAGGCCGUGCUGCUGCGCUGCCACGCCGUGCUGGUCUCCAAGGCCGAGAAGGCGCGCGCCAUGGCGCUGCUCCUCUACCAGACGUCGGCGGCGGCGCUGGCCGAGUUCCGCCGCCUGAAGAAGCGCGCCGACGCGCGGCACCAGCAGCUGCAGCAGGCGGGCGCGGCGGCGGCCGACGGCGCCAUCCCGCUGGUGCCGCUGCGCAAGCUGCUCCUGCACGGCCCCGGCUGCUGCUACAAGCCGCCCGUCGAGCGCAGCCGCAGCGCGCCCAAGCUGGGCUCCAUCACCGAGGACGCGCUGGGCGAGGAGCUGGAGGAGCGCGCCGCCGGCCUGGCCAACGGAGGCGGCCCCGACGGCGAGGACGAGGAGGAGGGCGACUGCGACGACGACGAGCUGCUGGCGCCGCUGGACGAGGACGAGGACGGCGCGGACGCGGCGCCCAGCCUGGGGCAGCUCAUCUGCGACCUGGGCGAGCUGGCCAUCGGCAACGACGUGGCGCUGCUGCGCGCCGACCUGCGCGUCACCCGGCUCCUCUCGGGCGAGAGCACCGGCAGCGAGUCGUCCAUCGAGAGCAACGGCCACGACGGAGGGUCCCCGCCGCCGCCGCUCCAGCCGUGCCGCGGACCGGACAGCCCCGAGCCCGGAGACAGCGGCUGACGGAGCCGUCGGAGGCAG